GUUAUUUCUUUUGUGCUAUGUUGUUUGGUCUCUUUUUGCAGUUGCAGGGGGAGAAACACUAACACUCUAGUGGGAGGAACACUUCAUCUCUUUAUUUCUGGUUUAACCGUUUUCAACGGUGUGCAGCUUUAGGUUAAAAAAUUGAUCAGUUUACUAGGAGCAGAUCUAGUCCUGAUGAUGCCUGAAGUUGAUCAUGAUUCUUCUGGUCUUCUUUCUAUUGAGCUUGUUGCUAUAAUAUUAACGAUUUUGAAUAAGUGUGCAGAUUAGGUUAAAAAUGGACUGGGAAUAGCUUGUGCUUUAUAAUGUUCCAACCAAACAGUGAGCGUUACAGGGGUAAAUUCACAGGAAUUGUACAUGUUGGUGAUAUUAAAAAAGAUACAUAGGUCUUGUGAGCCUGGUUGGUUUAAUCCUAUAUGUUCCCAUCGAUAUUUUGUCUUCUGUAAUGCACUGUGACGACCUUAAUUGAGCUUCAGCAUCAUCUGAAGUGCUCCCAAAACAAUGGCGGAGCACUUGGCUUCAAUUUUUGGCACGGAGAAGGAUAGGGUCAACUGCCCCUUUUACUUCAAGAUUGGAGCUUGCCGUCAUGGGGAUCGUUGCUCCCGUCUGCACAACAGGCCAACCACAUCGCCAACUAUUGUGCUUGCUAACAUGUACCAGCGACCUGAUAUGAUCACCCCUGGAGUUGAUGCCCAAGGUGUGGCUAUUGCUCCAGAGAAGAUGCAGGAGCACUUUGAGGACUUCUAUGAGGAUAUCUACGAGGAGCUGAGCAAGUUUGGUGAGGUUGAGACCCUGAACGUGUGUGACAACCUUGCUGACCACAUGAUCGGGAAUGUCUAUGUCCAGUUCAGGGAGGAAGAGCAGGCAGUGGCUGCUCACAACGCCCUCCAAGGCCGCUUCUACUCUGGUCGCCCGAUCAUCGUGGAGUACUCCCCUGUCACGGACUUCCGUGAGGCUACCUGCAGGCAGUUUGAGGAGAACAGCUGCAACCGUGGUGGCUACUGCAACUUCAUGCACGUGAAGCAGAUUGGUAGGGAGCUCAGGAGGAAGCUAUAUGGUGGGCGUUCCAGGAGGAGCCACGGGAGGAGCCGCAGCCCGAGCCCACAGCACAGGAGGGACAACCGUGACCGUGGUGGCGACUUCCGCCGUGAUGGCCGGGAUGAAUACCGUGGUGGCGGUGGCGGUUACCGUGGAGGCGAUGGAGGUGAUGGUGGCGGUUACCGUGGAGGUGGUGGUGGUGGCUACCGUGGAGGUGAUGGGGGUGGCUAUCAUGGUGGUGGUGGUGGCGGUUACCGUGGUGGCGGCAGGGGUGGAGGUGGUGGCAGGCAUGACAGGUAUGAUGAUGGACCAAGGCGCAGGUAUGGUGGCAGCCCGCCACGACGUGGAAGGAGCCCUCCAGCCAGGGAGAACAGCGAGGAGCGCAGGGCCAAGAUCGAGCAGUGGAACCGUGAGCGGGAGGAGAAGAAGUGAUGAAACCGCGAGUAGUGGAACCGCAAGCGUUAUUUACCUUUUCAUUCUUGUGUCGUUAGUUUGCUCCUAUGUUGAGUCUGGUGGUUUACUGUCAGACAUUGGUUGAUAUAGUACUAUUGCUUGGUUGAGUGACCUGUCAAGUGCAGGAUUCUAUUAGAGGCGUGUAAGCUGCUAUUUGUGCUCAAUAUUUAUCUGCAGGAUUCUCGUAUUA